CUCUGCUCCGACAGGCCCCGCACCGCGCGGUCGCGCCUUUCGCCGGCGGGCACAAAGAUGUCGAGCAUCAUGCAGUACAACGGUGCCGCCAUCAUCGCGAUGGCGGGCAAGGACUGCAUCGCCAUCGCGAGCGACAAGCGCUACGGCAUCCGCAACCAGACGAUGGGCUGCCAGAUGAAGAAGAUCUUCCAGGUCGGCGACAAGACGUUCGUCGGCCUCACCGGCCUCGCGACGGACAUGCAGACGCUCGACCAAAAGUUCCGCUUCCGGAGCAACAUGUACCGGCUGCGCGAGGAGCGCGAGAUGAGCACGGAGGCCUUCGCCAACAUGGUCACCUCGCUGCUGUAUGAGCACCGCUUCGGGCCCUACUUUUGCGAGCCGAUCGUCGCCGGCCUCGGGGGCGAGGACGGCAAGAGUCCCUUUCUCUGCGGGAUGGACCUGCUUGGCGCGCAGGUCCGCACGGAGGACUUCAUGGUGGGAGGCGACUGCACCGAGGCGCUGUACGGGCUGUGCGAGUCGAUGUACAGGCCGGACCUCGGCCCCGACGAGCUCUUCGAGGUGAUCGCGCAGUGCUUGCUCAGCGGCGUCGACCGCGACUGCCUCGCCGGCUGGGGCUGCGUGGUGCACGUGCUCACUCCAGAGGGAGUGACCACGCGCGACUUGAAGGGCCGGAUGGACUGAUGCGCCCCCCCCCCCCCCCGUACCGCCCCGGCACGCCGAUCGCAGCACGGCCCUCGCCAGCGGAGCCGCUGCAGCGAGCGCUCGCUCUGCGCGAUUGGCUGCUCUCUCGUCUCUGCCGUGCGUGACCUGUACGGAGCUCCGCGCCCUGUAGCUAUUCUAUACACAUACGCAGAUAAACAA